GCUGCCCCAGCCCCCCCACAUACCUGCAGAGCAUCCACGGUCCUCUCCCACCUCCUCCUCCUCCUCCGCAGCCUGGGACGGGACAGUCGCACUGCAGCAGCAGAGUCUGGAGGAAACUACUUUUUAACCCGAGAGCUGAGUCCAUCCUGCACCAGCUGAGAUGCUGCUGAGGAGAAUCCGACAUGUUCUUCCACUUCUCUGUAUCAUCUGCCAUCUCUCUCUGGCAUUCCCCACCCAAAAUCCAUCUGCAUACGAUGACGUCCAGUCCCUCCAGGUGAACAUCCCCCACUCAGGUCCUGUUUCUGCCCCACUGGGCAGCUCCAUCUCCAUCCCCUGCUCGGUGUCCCUGUCCUCCACACCCACCACCUCCUCCCCCUCCUCCGCCCCUGUUGCACCGCGGGUCAAGUGGAGCGUGGUGUCCGCAGGGGUGGAGACGCAGAUCCUGGUGGCGAGGGGUCAGAGGGUGAAGAUCAACGAGGCGUACAGAGAUCGCGCCGCACUGCUCAAUUACACGUCCUUCCCCGAUGACCUGUCCCUGUGGCUGGGAAACGUGCGCUCCAGCGACUCGGGUCACUAUCGCUGUGAGGUGCAGCAAGGCCUGGAGGACGCCAGUGAUCUCGUGCAACUCAAGGUCAAAGGUGUUGUAUUUCACUACAGAGAUGCUCUGGGCCGCUAUGCGUUCUCCUUCCAUCAGGCCAAGAAGGCUUGUGAGGCCAUUGGCGCCGAAAUGGCCACCGCUGACCAGCUGCUGGCGGCUUAUUACGAUGGAUACGAGCAGUGCGAUGCAGGCUGGCUGGCAGAUCAGUCUGUCAGGUACCCAAUCCAACUUCCCCGUGAGGGCUGCUAUGGAGACAUGAACGGGAAAGCAGGCGUGAGGAACUAUGGGACGAUGGAUCCAGAUCUAGAUCUUUUUGAUGUUUAUUGUUAUGUGGAACAAAUCAACGGAGAGGUGUUCCACGACUCUGUCCCACAGCUGCUGUCGUUCGCGGAAGCACGGUCAUACUGCAGAGCUGCAGGGGCUGAGAUAGCGACAACUGCACAGCUGUACUUGGCGUGGAGUGAAGGUCUGGACUGCUGCAGCCCCGGGUGGCUGUCUGACGGCAGUGUGCGCUACCCCAUCACCACCCCCAGGGAGCGCUGUGGAGGGCCGCAGGCAGGCGUCAAAACCCUUUACCGGUUCAGCAACCAAACUGGUUUCCCAGAGCCGUCCAGCCUUCACGACGUGUAUUGCGUGAGGGACAACAGACAUGCUCCCACUGACUCUCCCCCCGACUACAUGGCCACCGAGGCUGAAGACAUCGGACAAGAUGUUGUUAUUUUUACGCGAACAGAUCAAGAGCUGCUCCUGAACCAACACAAAGAGCAGGUGGAGCGAGAGGCGCUGAGUGUAGUUGAGUCGUUCCCCUUUGUCUCGCGUCCUUCCACUGAGGAAAACCUGGUGGACACACAUCCAACUGAUAAUGCAGACACAACAGAGUCUCCCCUCAACUCCACAUAUGUGGACCUCCUUCAGCCGUUUGAUGAAAUGUCAUCUGCUACAGAAAUUACCUCCCACUCCCAGCAUCCUGUGAUGAAAGGAACAAUCAGCAGCACAGAAACCUACAAUGUUCCACAAAAUGCAUCAGUGCUGCCCAGUGUUGACAAUGACACAACCUCCCACCAGAGCCUGAACUUCACCGUUCACCAUUUUGAACCUGAAAACUCCACAGGGUUUCCUGAACUAUCAUACGAGCCUCUCACUCGUAACCAAACAGAUGCAAGCCCUGAAGAGCACACGCACCUGGCUGAGAGCCCGGAGGAUUCCCCAGAAAUACAAGAGACCUAUCUGGAUUUAAUCGGAUCACAAGCCAAUUACAGUGAAACAGAGACAAACCUUACUCAGGAGGAGACCAUCCUGGAAGCGACAGCAGACACCUCCGAAGACAUCCUCCAGGUGAAGCUGGAGGAGGCAGCAGUAGCAGGGCCUGAGCAGAUGUUCCUCUCGACUCAGUCUCCAGGAGAGGAAGGAGAACUUCUAACUGGCAAUGCUUCAACUUCAUUGUGGCCUCCUCUUGAUGGAUCUGGAGAUAUUUCUCAAGAGAGUGACCUUGACGUUGGAGCUGUCACUUCCAUCACCACAUCAGAUUCUUCCACUUCUGGUUUCACCACUCACCCGUCACCUUCUGCUUCACCUAGCAGCACUCCGGCUGAACCCCGGACUGCGCUUCCGAAUCCAACGCCUUCCUCUGAGUCACCAAAUACUGAUAGAUUGGGCUUCAGUGUCCUCGCCACAGUGGCACAGUUAUGGGAGACUUCCAUUUCAAAACAAGAGGGAAGUACUAGCUUAGAAUCUGAAGAAGCAGUCACAAUAGAAAGUGAGGAAAAAACACUGCAACCAACAAGGGCUCAAGACAUCCCUGUUUCUGGAGCAAAUCUGGCAACCACCGAGUCUUCAGAGGGGCCUGAAGCUUCUCAGAUGCCUACCGACUCCACCACAGCACAGUAUCAGACAUCAGGGUACAAAGUGUAUUGGGACACGGAAACCCUCACUUAUGAAGAGGCAAGUGGACAGGAGCCUGGUGUUGUUACUGCAGUCAUGGGGGUAGACAUCAAAUUUGCUCCAACCGUUGAAGAGGAACUCAAAGUUUCCUCAACCGUUGAAGACAAGGCUGAUGUUUCGUUUACUGUUUCCCCCACUCUGAAAGAUGAAGCGAAUUUUUCCUCAACCAAUGAAGAUGAAGCUAAAGAUUCCUUUUCACUUGAACAGGAAGAUCCCGUUUCCCCGACCGCUGAAGAGGACGUGACAGGUUCUCCAGUUCUUGAAGAGGAAGACAAAGUUGCAUCAACAUUUGAAGUUGACGUUUCCUUUUCACUGGAAGACAAAGUGACUGUUACCCCAACACACGAGGAAGAAACAUAUGUUGCCCCAACACUUGAAGAAGAAGCGGCUAACGUGGAAGAAGCUCUCAUUGCCCAAACGCUUGAAGAAGCUAAUGUUGACCCAACUGCUGAUGAGACUGAUGUUAGCCCAACCCAUGAAGAAGCUAACGUGGCCCCAACCCUUGCAGAAGAAGCUAUUGUUGUCUUAGCUCAUGAUGAACAAGCUAACAUUUCUUCUGCCUUAGAAGAAGAAGCUAACUUGGCCGCUUCCAUUGAGGACUUCACCGUCUCUCCUCUUGAAUCUCAAACAUCUAACUGGGCUCUGCUGACAACCACAACUGGACCCCAAGAAUCCCUCAACGGUCUAGAGUACAGCAGGAGAACCUCCCCCACCACCUCCACAGCAGCUCCAGAUACCACCUCGAGCCCAAAGCCCACCCGGGCCACCAGAGCCACGACCACCACCGCCACCACCAAGACCACCACACACUGGUCCAGACGCAGCUGGAGCCCGACCACCGCAACCCGGAGAGUUUCCCACAAGACGCCAGAGCCCCAGAAGGUGACGCACCUCAUACCACCAGUGGAUCAGGGUCUGGUGGAUGGUGAGUUUAGUCUCACCAAGCCGCCCACCCUGCUUCUCUUGCCCAAUGAGAGGGCGGCUGUGGGCGGUACAGGGAAAUCUUCAGAUGCGUGUGAGGACGACCCCUGUCUCAACGGAGGCACCUGCACGGACAGAGACGGGCAGAUUCAAUGUCUCUGUUUGCCGACAUAUGGAGGAAACCUGUGUCAGACUGACCUUGAAAGCUGUGAACCGGGCUGGGACAAGUUUCAUGGUUUCUGCUACCGACACUUCAGCCAGCGUCUGAGCUGGGAGGUGGCGGAGCAGCACUGCCGCAUGCUGGGAGCUCACCUGGUUUCCAUCAUGACCCCCGAGGAGCAGAGUUACAUCAACAGCAACUACAAGGAGUACCAGUGGACCGGCCUGAACGAUAAGACCAUCGAGGAUGAUUUCCGCUGGUCUGAUGGAAACCCUCUGCUGUAUGAGAACUGGUACAGAGGUCAGCCGGACAGCUACUUCCUCUCAGGAGAAGACUGUGUGGUGAUGGUGUGGCACGAUGACGGACGCUGGAGUGACGUGCCCUGCAACUAUCACCUGUCCUACACCUGCAAGAAGGGCACCACCUCGUGUGGUCCACCGCCAAAGGUCCGAAACACCUCCCUAUUUGGAAAAGCUCGACAGAGAUAUGAAACCAAUGCAGUUGUGCGUUAUCACUGUGUCGGGGGUUUCCAGCAGAGACUCAACCCUGUGAUCAGGUGUCUGUCUGGAGGCCUGUGGGAGAGACCACAGAUCAUGUGCAUCCCCGAGGGUGGAGGUCCAACACAGAAUCCUGACCUGACGUCACUGACCAACAGCAACUUUGCAGCGAUCGAAGACGAUUUUGAAGCCACUAAAGAGACGCCACAGUACUGGGACAUCAAGUUUUAAUAAGUCGGUUGUACUUUUCUUGUCUUGUUUUGUUAAACUCUGCUGCUGUAACAUGACAAAACAUCUGUUUGCUUUUACCAAUGAACCACGAAAGCAAAGAAAAAUGGGCCACAGGCGACUUUUGAGAACUGUUAACUUGAAAACAUUCCUAUUUUAAUAACCUUGACAAAUUACCUUUAAAAAUACCUUUAAAAGAAAGAAGCGUCACUGUCAGAUAUUUAAAAAGGGUCUAAAGUGAUGAGUCCUUUCCACAUGAAAUAAAUAAAGUAGAAGUGCAAAGUGUUAAGUUUCCAUACCAACUCCAAAUCUACAAUAAUAACUAUUUUCUAUUUGUUUUUUUUAAUGUUAAGAAGCUUUUUAUUAAAUGGUGCUAAUGUCGUCAAACCUUUGUAUCCAACAGAUAUGUUUGUUUUCAGUGUGGUGUCAGAGUAGAGACGUGUACCUGCUUUUAAAAAAAAUCUAUAACUCCAAAGCACAAAGCCAACGUUAACAAAAAUAAAUGAAAUCAUUUUUGUACAUAUAUUUUUAGCUGUCACUCCUGUGAUUGCUGUCGGCAUAUUGAAACCUCUGACUCCCAGCAGACACCGUUUUGUUCGUCAGCUUUAUGUUGUAAUAAAGUUUUGUAGAACAGAGCAAAGAAUAAAUCGUUCUCUUAUUUUACCCUCA